CGGGUUAUUCAUGUCCUUGGCAUCUUUUUCUAUUCCACCCCUUGGCAUUUGCAUGUUUUAGGGGUUUGUCAUCCUCUUGCCACCAAGCCUUGCAAUCUCCCAACCCCUACCAUCCCCGCCACCUUGCUCUCCUUGAUUUUCCCUGGAAAGUUGUCUCCUUAGAGGCACUUUGAAUUGCUGUCUUUUUACAACAUGGAUGCCAGGUUGCUAAAAUCUUGUUUUGGGACUUACAGUGAGUUCAUUUUUUUGGAUUUUAUGACAGAUUUACUAGUGGCUCCUUUUUGCCAGUUAAUGUUCUGAAAGUUACUGUCACGAUGAGUUCAGGCCUGUGGAGCCAAGAGAAAGUUACUUCACCCUACUGGGAAGAACGGAUUUUUUAUCUGCUUCUUCAAGAAUGCAGUGUAACAGACAAACAAACUCAGAAGCUGCUGAAAGUACCCAAAGGGAGUAUAGGACAGUACAUCCAAGACCGUUCUGUGGGGCAUUCAAGAGUUCCUUCUGCAAAAGCCAAGAAAAAUCAGAUUGGAUUAAAAAUCUUGGAGCAACCGCAUGCAGUUCUGUUUGUUGAUGAAAAGGAUGUUGUAGAAAUAAAUGAAAAAUUCACAGAGUUACUGUUGGCAAUUACCAACUGUGAGGAGAGGCUCAGCCUGUUUAGAAACAGAGUCCGACUAAGUAAAGGCCUCCAGGUAGACGUGGGCAGUCCUGUGAAGGUACAGCUGCGAUCUGGGGAAGAGAAAUUUCCAGGAGUUGUACGCUUCAGAGGACCUUUAUUAGCGGAGAGGACGGUGUCGGGGAUUUUCUUUGGAGUAGAAUUACUGGAAGAAGGUCGUGGUCAAGGUUUCACGGAUGGGGUUUAUCAAGGGAAGCAGCUUUUCCAGUGUGAUGAAGACUGUGGUGUGUUUGUUGCAUUGGACAAACUGGAACUUAUAGAAGAUGAUGACAAUGGAUUGGAAAGUGAUUUUGCAGGCCCAGGAGAUACAAUGCAGGUUGAACCUCCCCCUUUGGAAAUAAAUUCCAGAGUUUCUUUGAAGGUUGGAGAAAGUAUAGAAUCUGGAACAGUAAUAUUCUGUGAUGUUUUACCAGGAAAAGAGAGUCUAGGAUAUUUUGUUGGUGUGGACAUGGAUAACCCUAUUGGCAACUGGGAUGGAAGGUUUGAUGGAGUACAGCUCUGUAGUUUUGCAAGUGUUGAAAGUACAAUUCUCCUGCACAUCAAUGACAUCAUCCCAGCUUUAUCAGAUAGCGUGACACAGGAAAGGAGGCCUCCUAAACUUGCCUUUAUGUCAAGAGGUGUAGGUGACAAAGGUUCAUCUAGUCAUAAUAAACCAAAGGUUACAGGCUCUACCUCAGACCCUGGAAGUAGAAACAGAUCUGAAUUAUUUUAUACCUUAAAUGGAUCAUCUGUUGACUCACAACAAUCCAAGUCCAAAAAUCCAUGGUACAUUGAUGAAGUUGCAGAAGACCCUGCAAAGUCACUUACAGAGAUGUCUUCGGACUUCGGACAUUCAUCACCUCCACCGCAACCUCCUUCCAUGAACUCCUUGUCUAGCGAGAACAGAUUUCACUCUUUACCCUUCAGCCUGACAAAGAUGCCCAAUACUAAUGGCAGCAUGGCUCAUAGUCCACUCUCUCUGUCAGUGCAGUCUGUGAUGGGGGAGCUGAGCAGCACACCUGUCCAGGAGAGUCCACCCUUGCCCAUUUCUUCUGGGAAUGCACACGGGCUAGAGGUGGGCUCACUGGCUGAAGUAAAAGAGAACCCCCCGUUCUAUGGGGUUAUCCGUUGGAUUGGCCAGCCACCAGGGCUCAGUGACGUGCUAGCUGGACUGGAACUGGAAGAUGAAUGCGCAGGCUGUACAGAUGGAACUUUCAGGGGCACGCGUUAUUUCACGUGUGCCCUGAAGAAGGCACUGUUUGUGAAACUGAAGAGCUGCAGACCGGACUCUAGGUUUGCAUCCUUGCAGCCUGUUUCCAAUCAGAUUGAAAGGUGUAACUCUUUAGCAUUUGGGGGCUACUUAAGUGAAGUAGUAGAAGAAAAUACUCCACCUAAAAUGGAAAAGGAAGGUUUAGAGAUAAUGAUUGGAAAGAAGAAAGGCAUCCAGGGCCAUUAUAAUUCUUGUUACUUAGACUCAACUUUAUUCUGCUUAUUUGCUUUUAGUUCUGCCCUGGACACUGUGUUACUUAGACCCAAAGAGAAGACUGAUGUAGAAUAUUACAGUGAGACUCAGGAGCUGCUGAGGACAGAGAUAGUCAAUCCUCUGAGAAUAUAUGGAUAUGUGUGUGCCACAAAGAUUAUGAAACUGAGGAAAAUACUUGAAAAAGUUGAGGCUGCAUCAGGAUUUACCUCUGAAGAAAAAGAUCCUGAAGAAUUUCUAAAUAUCCUGUUUCAUGAUAUUUUAAGGGUUGAACCAUUGUUAAAAAUAAGAUCAGCAGGUCAAAAAGUUCAAGACUGUAACUUCUAUCAAAUUUUUAUGGAAAAAAACGAGAAAGUUGGAGUACCCACAAUUCAGCAGUUACUAGAAUGGUCUUUUAUCAACAGCAACCUGAAAUUUGCAGAGGCACCAUCAUGCUUGAUUAUCCAAAUGCCUCGGUUUGGAAAAGACUUUAAACUAUUUAAAAAAAUUUUUCCUUCCCUGGAAUUAAAUAUAACAGAUUUACUUGAAGACACUCCCAGGCAGUGCCGCAUCUGUGGAGGACUUGCGAUGUAUGAGUGCAGAGAGUGCUAUGAUGACCCGGACAUCUCAGCUGGGAAGAUCAAGCAGUUCUGUAAGACCUGCAGCACUCAGGUUCACCUUCAUCCCAGGAGGUUGAAUCAUUCUUAUCAUCCAGUAUCACUUCCCAAAGACUUGCCUGACUGGGACUGGAGACAUGGCUGCAUCCCCUGUCAGAAGAUGGAGUUAUUUGCUGUUCUCUGCAUAGAAACAAGCCAUUAUGUUGCUUUUGUGAAGUAUGGGAAGGAUGACUCUGCCUGGCUCUUCUUUGACAGCAUGGCGGAUCGAGACGGUGGUCAGAAUGGCUUCAACAUUCCACAAGUGACGCCCUGCCCAGAAGUGGGAGAGUACUUGAAGAUGUCUCUGGAGGACCUGCACUCUUUGGACUCCAGAAGGAUUCAAGGCUGUGCGCGCAGACUUCUUUGCGAUGCAUACAUGUGCAUGUACCAGAGUCCAACCAUGAGCCUGUACAAAUAACCAGGUCAUCCGCAGUGGGCAGAGACAGCACAAACCUUAGUGCUGUGUCUUCCUCCAGCUUGUGGUUCUGUCCGGUGCCCAUUGCCGGCAAUGGGUGUCUCUUUUAAUGAUGGCCCUUCAGCAAAGGAUUCCUGUGUUUCCAAACAAAUUGCUUUUGUGUUCCUGAAGUAUUUAAUAAGAAGCAUUUUGCACUCUAGGAAGUAUGUUUGUGUUGAUUUUUUAAGAAGUCUAAAUGGAUUUAUUAAUAUCUGAAACUUUAAGUUAACUGCAUUGAUGAUACAAUAUUUUUGGAAGCAUACAAUUUUAAUUGUGAUGUCUAAAUCCUCUCUUAGUCCAUUGAGGAUGUAAAUAAAUAUUUCUUCUUAUGGACCAAGGAUAUGAAAUCAUUUUUCUUUUGUAGCUAAUGAUUGCCUUGAGAAAGACAUAAUAUGGUUUUAUUAAGAGUACCUUUACUCCAGUUGUUGAAGGUGUGCUGAGUUUAAUUGUUAAUUUUCCUAUAUAGUGCUGAUUUCCUGCAUGUCUGUACUUUGCUGAGUUUCUGUGUUUCUGCAGCAGUGGUCAGAACAUGCUGAAAUUCCUUUCAUGGUGUUAUUUUUUAUUUGUCCUGGUUUUGAGAUAAAUGAGUGACUCUGUCAUAAAAUGUCCAUUUUUGAUGUGUUCUUGAAGAAUUAGGGUACAAAGCAAGCAUCUUAGUCAUAGUGACAACUGUUACUGAACAGGCUUUCUGUAGGGGCUCCUAGGUAUGGGACGACAUGCAGUGGUUUCUGAAAUGACUGAGCGAUAAGUAAAUUAUAUAUUCUUAGACAAAUCGACAGUCCAGAGAAAGUAAAGCUGGCUCAGAGUUAGCACCAACAUUUCCCUGAAAAAAAAAAAUGUGUUAGGUGUUUAAAACUCUCAUCGCAAAUAAAUUAUUUUUAGUUUAAGUGAAUUUUUCUUAAUUUAAAUAAGACUAAUAUUUUUGUUUGACUGAAGACCCUUCUACUCUCUGAUGUCAGUUUGGUGUCACUUGAAACAAUGACAACCACAUCAGCAUGUUACUGUAAUGUCAGUGAUGGAGAAAAUGGAUGUCAUCUUAGGACUGCUUGUAGUGUAUGUAUAGACCGUGGUGGAUGCUGUAGAGUGCUUGUUGUCUGAGUGUUGUUUUGUGGUAUGGCUGUCUCUCUGAAUAAUGUCAACCUUACAGAAAGAGAAGGUGUUAUAUGUGUAACAUAUGGCUUUAUAAAAGAUUUAAUGUCAAAAGAGUCUAUAAAUAUUGCUGUUAUUUUUAAAGGCA